AAUUAUGAGAAGUGAACUAACCUGAACUACAGCCUAGAAAUAUUCAAAAUAGAUUUUAUUCAUUGAGUCAUUUUGAAGCUUAUAUUGAAUGAAUAUAGUUGUUACCUAUAUUUCCACCAUAAUUGUGAAGUGGGACUCCUUUGUUUUGCUGGCAUCGGUAUUUGGAUAGCAAAUUGAGUGCGUUUGUUUGCUAAGACAUGGCCAAGGCUAUAUAAACCAUGGCAUGAAGAGUAAUUGAUUUAAAGAAUUUGCUGUAACAGUGGUGUGCUGCAGCCAUGAGUCAGUUUGUGCCCAAGGAGCUGGUCUGGGUGAAGCUGGGUGGUGUCCAGUGGCCAGCCGUGGUCAAAGACAAGUCCGACCCAGAGUGUGAGGAGUUUCUAGAGGCGCUGAAACGAGACCCCAUCGUGGUUGUCGAGUUCUUCGACAAAAAACUCCAUGAUGUGCACAACACAAAUCAAAUUUGUCGGUACAACUGCGAAGAAAAGGACGAUAUUGUUCUUAAAAGCUUACAGCUGACCAGAAACAAGUCCGAUAUCGCUGAGGACUUUAAGAAGGAUAUAAUCACGGCAGAAAAGCUAACCGAUGGUGAUAUCCACAUUCUGAGCCGGGAAAAGUUCAGCAUGACUGGUCGUCAAAAGUACGACGAACUGUUCGGCUCAGGUCGAAAAUCCAACACCUCCAAGCCCGGUGCCAAGCGGAAAAUACCACGGACCAGUGAGAACUCUCCGAAACUGAAGACCUCCAAGUACUCUGAUCUGUUUCCGGAGGUCUCCAAGAGCCGAAAGCCGGUAUCGAAACCAAAGAAACCAGCCAAACCGGCGUCCGAGUCGCCGCGACCCAUCACUCACCCUCGCUUCAUCGCGGAGAACGACCACAAGAUUCACAUUCUGGCACCGGACAGUCCGGAAGCUCGCACGGUGGCGCCAUCUCUCACCAACCCGUACCGCUGCUCUGAGUGCGGCUUCACCACCGGCCGUCUCAACGUUCUCGUGAUUCACAACAAAAGCCACGUGGCAGCCGCUGCGGCUAAACCGGCCACGGCCAAGCGGAAAAACAACGCUGAACCGAGAGACUCCACCCCGAAAAAGAAGAAACGCCCUGCUGAUGGAAGCACAGGAAAAGUCGUAAAAGCGAAGGUCGAACGAGGCGAAGGUACGCCCAAGAAGUUGGCGAAGCCAUCGCCGAAGAAAUCCGCACCGAGCACGCCGAAAAAGUCUCCGAAGAAGGAAGAGAAAGUCGAAGAGGUGAAGCCCAAGACGCCGGUGAAGCUGAGUCCGCUGAAGCCGGCGCAGUCGUCGCGGCCGCUGCUGCUCGAGGACUGGGACGAAGACGACGACGAGGAGGAAGCUGAACGAGCCAAGAUCCGGUCGGAGAUCGAGCGCUUCAUCUGUGACAAGAAGACGCCGACGAAGAUGGACGACGCCUCGGGGCCGUCAACCUCGUCGGGAGGAUCACCAGCCGAAGUGUCCAACGACGACGCUGCGAAGCUGGGCGAGGACACCAAGGAUGAGAGCGUUGAUGUCGAGCCGUUUACGCUAUCGGAAAAUGAUGCGGAACGGGUGGAAGAGACCGAGGCGGAGCGGGCGAAAGAGGCCGAUGCCGAGCGGACGGACGAGACCGAUGCUGAGCGCACGGACGAGGCUGAGCCGAGCGCGGCCGAGCCGCCGUCAGCCGACGACGAGGAAGCGGCCAAGAAGCAGGCUCAGCGUGAGCGAAACGACGCGCUGCUGCAGGCAGCCGUCGACGACGUACUGGCUGAGACGGCGCCGGUGGCGCUGCCUACCCUGCCGCCGGCGCCCGCCGACCAGGCCGCGCUGAGCACCUACGAGUUCACCGGUGCCGAGCCGGAGCCGGUGCCGGCGCGGCCACGGCCCGUGCGCGUCUGUCCGGCCGGCUCGCCACCACCGCGGGCCGCCGACGCGGUGGACGUGUCAUCCAGCCGGCCAACACCGACCUCAUCUGCCGACGGACCGCCCACCGCCACGGCCACCUCCAGCCUGCCGCCGAACCUGCAGAUCCUCUCCGUGCCGGGCACGGACGGCCAGCCGGACACCUACGUCUUGGUGAGCGUCGACGAGCGCGGCAACGUGCAGACGGUGAACCCGCUGGAGAACCUGGGCGGCCUCGGCGCCGACACCCUGCUCGCCUAUGAGGUGGCGCAGGAGGAUGGCAGCACGCGCACGGCCUACCUGAACCCGGCCUCCCUGUCGACGAGCGCCGACAUCAAACAGUUGCUCGGCGCGGACGAAAAGGUGGACUCGACCACCCAGCUGCCCGACAGCAGCGGAAAAUAGCAUCGCUGUCGAUUGAAGAGGGACGGAGUGUUUGGUGGAACUUUAUUGAAACACGAGAUGUUUUAUCGUGGAGUGGUUGUAGAAAUUGUUGACGAUGUUGGCCGUAGAUUUUGACUCGUAGAGGACUCGCGGUAUUGGUAGGAAAUCAUGAUCAUCGCCAAUAUGUGGUUGAGGAAGAAUGUCAUCGAUAUGCAAAGUCUAUGUCGGCAGGUUGGAUGAUUUGUGUAUGAUAGUGUAGUAGAAGUUUCACGAUGGCACUUGGGACGGACAGAAUCGCGGCGAUCGGGUUGGGGUCGCAUUGAUGCCAGUCAUUUGGUCGGAGUGGACACACGACGCGGCUAUCGCGUUGCAUAAGGUCACGUAGAGACGCGUUAUGUAAAUGAAUUGGCGGCGUGCGUGCGUCCGUGUCGAGGCUAUCGGAGGUGGCAGGUUCAAAUCAAUGGCGUUACAAUAUUUUUAUAGCAUGUUUCUGUCGGGAGAAGUUUUGUGGGACGAGUUUCCACCGAGAAACUACUAACGACGUUGACACAGCGGAUGUUUUGAGGCGAUCAUAUUCUGCGGACUGGCGGGCGCCUUGAGUCGUUUUCAUAUUGAACCAUAAUCACACUGUUUCUGUGCUGCGGUGUCGUAGUGUUGCGUGUUGUGCGUCUCAUACAAACUGUUGUGCUAAGCACGGUGUGUGAAUCUAUUCGCACUCUGCAUGUUUCUGUUUUUAUUUCGUCGAGCUCCCUGGUAUCCAGCGAGAAGCGACCGCCGCGCGGGACGUUUGUGUAGUAAUGUAUUUCACAGGUCGUCCUUACCAUACAUAUACAAUAUACAUACGUUCACCAUA